UGGGGUCUGUACUCUUCAAUAUUACCAUCGCCGGCUCGGGAGCUGGAGCCCAGAUUUAAAAAUGCCGGAGCCGUAGUCAAGUUUUUAAAAAGGUCGGGGACGGAGCUAACAAAUGCAAAAUACCCAGCACUGGUCGAGACCAAGACUUCACCCCAAGACCAAACCCGAAAAAAUAUCCCAAGAAAAGUCUUGGAAUCAAGACUCAAGACUAAGAGUCUCUGACGUCUCUAAUAUUUUCAUAUUUUACUUUUUAUAUUUAGACUUCCAAAAUCAAUUUCUUUCAUUUAAUUUUAAACAAGAAAUGUCAACAGAUUUACAACAAACACAACAAAACAACAUAACAACACAACAAGGCAAACAAUAUCAUCCUGUGCAAUAUUGUCUUUUUUAUGACUUUUUCACUGUCUUUGCCAAGGGUCAAUCAAUUAUUCAAAAUAUACAAAGCGGAUCUGUUCGGCUUGAAGGAGCUCUACUUCUAAGCAAACGUUACAAAGCAGCAUUAAAAAGGGCAAUAAAAAUGUUGGAACAAUCCGAUAUUUUCGUAGACUCUUCGCAAACAGAUGUUCUUCAGCUUGGAGAGGAGCUUUGUUCUGUAAAUCUUAUUUGGUCAUUAAUUGAGGCUGUUUCUAUUAGACCUUCAAAUAAUCUAAUUUCUAUUGAUUUACUUGAAUGGGCACGUGAAUGCUUUCCUUCAACUCAGUCAGUUGUUCCAAGCUCGCAAGAAGGCCGACCACAUGAGACGAGUUUUUUGAGUUCGAUAAUGGAGUCUUUAAUGCAGCAAGAAAAGCCUGAACUUCAUGACUCUUAUUGGAAUGCUGUAAUUAGACAAGCAAUUGUAGCAGACUUCGAAACAGUCGCAACACUGUUACAAUUCCAUUCUGAAUAUAAAACUAAUGAGCAUAUAAGAAAAAUGGUUAAAAUUUUGAAUGCUGCAAAUGAUGCUCUUUUUAAACAUGACAGAACAAAUUGUGAAGAAUUUUUAUCUUUAAUUAAGGUUUGUGGAAAAUUUAUUCUCGUUUUUAAUUUGUCGACAUUAUUGGUUUUUGUGGUCGAUUGGUUAAAAAUUCGUGAUUUCACUUCUCAAAAUCAACUCAACCGUCUUAACGAUAAUUUGGCUGUUAUUUGUUCUUUGGUUAUUGGAGAUAAAGGAACUUUUAAAAAAUAUUUUGACAUUUUCCGUCCAAGUUGGUUUGAAGUACUUCCUGCAUUUCUUUUAUUUUUCUAUCCGUCUGUGGAUGAUGAACAAUUGCCUAGAGUUAUUGAGCGUUUAUUUGAAUUACUUGGACUAGCUAGACACCAACUUUCAAAAAUUGAACAAACAGUUUUGGCCAUAUUAGAAUUAGAUUUAAUUCGUGCAUUAAAAAUAAUUUGUUCUGCUGGACCUUCACUUUGUUGGUUUGCUGUUCAUUUAGUUGAUUUACUUCAUUUUCAUGACCCUAAUUAUUUAAAUCCUGAAGCUUCAAAUAUUUCUUCUUUUCAAUUAAAAUUUAUUUUUCAAGAUGAGACAGACAAAGAAAAGGAAAAUUUAGACUUACGUUCUCGUUUACUUGUAGAAUAUUGCCAAUUACUUUUUCAAAAUGACCAAUUAUGGGAAAUUGGAGCAGAUUAUUUAAUUGCUAGUAAUUUAAAGAAUUGUAAUGAAAUGUUAGAAAAAAUUAUUGGACAAUUUAAUUGGUUUGGGAAUGUUUCUAUAGCUGAAAAAAUUUUGAUAAUAUGUGAAAAAUAUGAAUUGUGGAAUGCUAGGGAGGAUAUUUUGAAGGCAAUAACUAUGAAAUAUUGUCAUUUAAAUGAAUGGUCUACCGCACUUAAUUGGGCUCUUCGUAUGCAAAAUCGAAAUUCUUUAUCUGCCCAUGUCGCUAAACGAAUACUUCAAGGAGCCAUUCCUUCCUCUAAAAUUGGACAAAUGCGAAUAUUUGAAUCUAUGGCUGACCAAUUUGUUGAUUGUUCUGAACUUGUUUUGCUUUACAAAUUUUAUACGUUUAAAAGACGUUUAUGUGAAGGAAAUUUACGUCAAGCUAUUCAAUUAUUACACGAAUUAUUUAUUGAUAAUUCUUCUCCAAUUGAAUUUCAUGUGACUUUGGCUGAAGAAACUGCUCGUUUAUUAAAUGCUUUUCAGCAGGAAUUACUUUCGACUGAACCUUUUGACCCAUCUACUAGAAUUACUGGAUUAGAUAAAGAAUCAAUUCAAGACAUGUUUAGAGCUUUAAGUAUGUUUCAACUUCAACAAAAUUUAUUAGAAAGUGCUUCUAUUGGUGAAAAAGAAUCACAACAACAAUCAUCAAAGCAACAAAAAUCUUCUUCAUUACUUUUUUCUGAUUCAUCAUUACCUUCUUUAGAAGUUUAUAAAAAAUUGGAAGAUUUAAUCCAAACACUUAGACCUAUGUUGGCAGAAUUAUUAGCUUUGAGUUGCUUGACUUGA